AGCAAGCCAAGCCAACGAAGCGUCCAUAAAUUUGCGUGUUGUAUGGUCGUGUGGUUCUGUGUGAGUAGAUGAGAACCGUAGUAAGUAAUUAUCGCAUGGUUCUGCGUGCCUGACGUCCCGCUAUUACCAGGAACUUAGUCGUGUUGCAUCUUUGCAACGGUACCAUGUCUAUCAUGACCCGCGAGAAGAAGGUAAAAAGAGUGAAAACUCAGAACGAUGUGUCGAGUCCGCAACCGAAUUUGAAUGUGGACUUCUUCCAAGUAGAGGAACAAGAGGCCAGAGACAGAGAUUCAAAGGAAGAUGAAUCCCUCUUCAAAGAAACCUGUGCUGAGAUACAGAAAAACAUAAAACGCAUACAUGAGCUGAAGAAGCGAGGAAAAGCUCAGGCGGAAGUAGACGACUUGCGUGUGCGGACGGCAUUCCUGUUUUUACAGCUGAAAAAAAUUAACCGCCUUGACAAGCAUCGACUGAAGGCUGCCCGUGAUGCUGUUUGUGAGAAGAAACAAAAGGUUGACAACUUCCACUUACAACUUCAGAACCUGACUUAUGAGGUGAUGCAUCUGCAGAAAGAGGUCACAAAAUGCAUGGAGUUUAGAUCAAAAGAUGAAGAAAUAGACUUGGUUCCGGUAGAACAGUUCUGCAAAGAAACAGGGCAGUCUGUAGAAGACACUCACCAGUUGACACUGGCACGCUUGAACUGGGAGCUUCAGCAGCGUAAACAGCUUUCUAAAAAGUUGGAGGAGCUGGAGUCCUGCAGGCAAGGAUUCUACAAAGAAAUUGAGAAGAAGAAGCAGUGCAUUUACAACCUGCAGCCUACCCUUCUGUCAAUUCUUGAGUCGACCCGACCGCUGCACCAGGAGCUAGGUCUUCCCCUGCAAGCACAGGCUGUGGAGCAUAGCCAGGCCCACGCCCUCCCCCGGCCACUCUAUGUUCUUUACGUACAGUGCCACGCGUACCGUCAUGCCCACGGUGACAUAUUCGAGGUUGCUGUUGAGGGUAGUAUUGAGGAAGCCCUGCCUGGCCUCCUUGAAGACAAGCGAGAUGAAGACAGCCCUGGGGAAUCUGACCAAGAAGAGCCCGCCCCGGCGAAGCGCCACCAUCGGCGAUCGACGCGUGGCGCGUCUGGCAGGGCAAAACUUCUCAUGAAGCAUCCACUUGGUGCACGCCUCACGUUCCAGUGUCGUGGGCACACCUUGCAGCUUGUUUUCUGGUACGCGGUGCAGCUGCACAUUGUGACCGUUGAACUUCAUUUGCAAAGUCCCACGAACAGUGCAAGCCCUGUACUGUGCGCAACCUCAUUACUGGACAAUCUACUGGAUGAGGUGGACACAGGCUCCAGUUCUCCCAAUCCGGCCAAUCACUUUCAGUUGCAGAAACAUGGUGUGUCACGAGGCUUUGAGGAGCUGGGCAAGGCGUACAUGUGGGCACAGCGACUGGCCGGGCUUGACUUCCUCGGUGGCCAAAGGCAGAAGGAAAAUGUCCAGAUGAAUUGCACCUUCGUCGAACAGGCCCUGGAGGCUAUACGAACCCGCUUCUCGGCCAGGGUUGCAUUGCACGAGCAAAUCCUUGCAUUAGAGCAAGGCACAGUGCCAGUGCCAUCCUCCCUCGCAUCUAACUUCCCGGUCAAAGUGGUGUCAACACUCAAGCAAUGGGUCCAGUCGACCGACGAAGAAGUUGCUCAGAGUCAUCCUGGCUAUAAGGAGGUUGAAGAACUAGGCAUUCUCGAAGAGGGACACUUUGCCUUCACAGCACUCAUACAGAGGGGCUCAGCUCAAAUGCGGGCACAUGUCCUUGUUGCUGGAACGUACCCAAAGGUUCCUCCGCUGUUCCUCUUGGCCCUGCACUGGAGGGAAAAGCGGACUAGUAGAGACGAUGACGCCCUGAAGGAACUCGAACGGGAAGUGAACCUCGAAUGGGGGAACACGGACUCUGUUCUCAGCAUUCAGAUGCAGCAACUUCUAGUCGGGUUGGACGUACUGCUGGAGGCCUCUGCGGACUGUUCUCUGCACUGCCCGCGGGAAUUUGCUCACGACAAGGUGUUGGCACAUCCCGUAAGAGGCCGUAGCAGGAGCCACCCCUACAAGUUCUUGUCUCACUUGGGUCUCUUCACGCAUCGCCUCUAGACAAUGCAGUGCUCCACCGGAUCAUGCAUAUCCCCUUCAUGCACCACGACUCAUGUUUUUCCUGAAAACGCUGCGGGUGAGGAGGAAGAGACCGUGGCUGCACUGCGUAAACCUCGGCAAAUACCUCACGCAUCGGGCAGUCCCGCCAUCUACAAUUUCAUUCAUGCGCUGCUCUUCUCCAUUUCUGAAAUGUGAAAGUCUUCGUGCGUACCACCUGUCAUCAGAAUUGAAUUGAAUUGAAUUGAA